UGAUCGGUGAUCGGCUGCGCUCCCUAGUGAACCGCAGUCCCCGGCAGCGCGCACCGCUCACCGCCUUCUGCCCUCAUUACUCCUGGAUUAAGGAGAAACCAGUCACCACAGGACUGGAGCUGCGUCCUUCUCGUAAAAGUUUUUGUGCGAGUUUACCGCUGAAGGAGUCGACAGCUGCGGCUCGGCAGACUUUACCAGCCCGUGGUUAUGGAAUAGAGGGGCGGAGAGGAACCCGGCGCCAGGCCUGUGGAUAUCUACCGUUAGCCGGCGGAGCUAGCUGAUGAGAGGCGGUCUGCCCUUGUUUGGGGCGCUGUGCUAACUAGCAAGUUGCUAUUUUUGUUAGCAUCACAGAUAGCCAACCAUCGCUGCUAGCUUGUUUUGAUGCGGACAUAUUGAGGGGAGCUGCCGGUGUCCGUCACAUUUACCGCUUUUUUUUUUACUUUGUGGGAGUUUGAAGCUAACCGUGAAAGCUAACUUUGUUUUGCUUAGGAGGCAUCGCGCUAGGUAUGAGUCCUACAAAGUUUAGCUUUUGUUUUGGUUGGUGUUAAACGAAUCAGUUUUUAUAAAGGGCUUCACGUUGCUGACCUCCCCGCUCAUCACCUCUGCUCAUCCACGGGACUUGAACUCCACUCAUUGUUCGGUCCUUCACACAACGACCCACCGACCACUGUCUCCUGUCUGCGGCCCCGGCUCCAGUGGCUGGCCCCCUCGGCCCCGAGUGCCCAAUGGAGGAUCAUGACAACAUGGAGUACUAUUACCAGCAGGUACUGCAGAAAGACGUCACCCGCAGGUUGCAGGUCGGUCAGGACCUCAUCGAAUACCUGAGCGACCCACAGCGCUCCUCGGACGUGGAGCAGGACAAAUCCCGGUUGGAUAAGACCAUGGACGAGCUGGCGGGAUGGGUGAACUCCAGCAAUUUCAAGGUGACCUUGAUGGGGAUAGACAUCGUAAGCGCAUUCGUGGAACGCUUGGGAGAGCGGUUCAAAGGAUACCUGUCCACAGUUGUACCAUCUCUAGUGGACAGGCUUGGUGAUGGGAAGGACCAGGUCAGGGAUAACAGCCAAGCUCUUAUCCUUCGCUGCAUGGAGCAGUCCGCCUCGCCCAUGUACGUCUGGGAAAGGCUUCUUCCUGGUUUUAAACAUAAAAACUUCCGCAGUCGAGAAGGAGUCUGCCUCUGUCUCAGUGCUACGCUCAACACGCAUGGACCUCAGCAGCUGAGCCUCAGUAAAUUAGUUCCUCAUCUCUGCUCUCUGACUGGAGACCAGAACCCACAGGUGCGUGAGGCCUCAAUAACAACAUUGGUGGAUGUGUAUCGUCACGUUGGAGAGAAGGUCCGAGCAGACGUAGGAAAGAGAGGCCUGCCUGCUGCACGGUUACAGACGAUAUUCACUCGUUUUGAUGAAGCCUUGAAUUCAGGCAACAUGGCUCUCAGCCCCAGUCACGAUCGUAACUUUGACGAUGACGACAGUGUGGACGGGAAUCAUUCUUCCUCAGCCCAGGCUGCAUUCAAGGUCCCCAAAGUUCCAAAGAAGCCUGCAGAGUCCUCGGCUGCACGCAGACCCAGUGCUACUGGUGGCAAGCUAGUUUCUAAAGAAAGUGCCGGAGCACUUGAUGAAGAUGAUUUUAUUAAAGCCUUCACCGACGUCCCUCCAGUCCAGAUCUACUCAGCAAGGGAUCUUGAGGACAACCUCAAUAAGAUCCGUGAGAUUUGCUCCGAUGACAAACACGACUGGGACCAGAGAGCCAGUGCUAUGAAAAAGAUCCGCUCACUGCUUGUAGCGGGCGCAGCAGACUACGAAUGUUUUUACCAGCACUUACGGCUUCUGGAUGGAGCGUUCAAACUGUCAGCGAAAGACCUGCGCUCACAAGUGGUUCGAGAAGUCUGCAUCACUGUGGGCCACCUUUCGUUAGUGUUGGGGAAUAAAUUUGACCAUGGAGCGGAAGGCAUCGUUCCCGUCCUUUUCAACCUCAUCCCCAAUUGCGCCAAAGUCAUGGCCACCUCUGGUGUGUCUGCUAUACGCAUCAUCAUACGGCACACACAUGUCCCGAGGCUCAUCCCUCUGAUAACCAGUAACUGCACAUGCAAGUCUGUGGCCGUUAGAAGGCGCUGUUAUGAUUUCUUGACCCUUCUGCUGCAGGAAUGGCAAACCCACUCUCUAGAGAGGCACACAGCGGUUCUGGUUGAAAGCAUCAAGAAGGGAAUUAGAGAUGCUGACUCAGAGGCCAGAGUGGAGGCCCGCAAGGCCUACUGGGGUUUGAGGAACCGCUUUCCAAACGAGGCUGAUGCUCUCUACAACUCCUUAGAGCCAUCUUACCAGAAGACCCUUCAGUCCUGCCUGAAGAGUUCCGGCAGUGUGGCCUCUCUUCCCCAGAGUGACCGGUCCUCAUCUUCCUCUCAAGAGAGCCUCAAUCGGCCUCUUACUUCAAAAUGGUCUGCAGCUCCAGGUCGAGUCCCCGCGGGUUCAAAGGGUGGGCCGUCGUCGGCCUCCCUGCAGCGUUCCCGUAGUGACGUGGAUGUUAACGCGGCAGCAUUGGCUAAGCACCGGCAAGUCGGACAGGCCAGGGGCUCGGGUCGCCUGACCCCUGGCUCCUACUCCUCACUGGGGACCAGGUCAGACAAUGGCCGUGUACGUACCAAGCAGCCGCUGUCCACUGUGAGCAGUGUGUCCAGCCAAGUGGACUCAAGAGGACGCAGCCGCGCCAAGAUGGUCUCCCAGUCGCAACCUGGCAGUCGGAGUGGUUCACCCGGUCGCGUGCUGACGAGUACGGCCCUGAGCACCAUGAGCUCCGGGGCCCACAGGGUGCUGGCUGGGGUCGGCAGUGAAGGAAAAAGACGCAGCCGCAUUCCCCGCAGCCAGGGCUGCUCCAGAGACUCCUCCCCCACUCGUCUGUCUGUUGCUCCUUCCAGCAUUAGUUCCAUCUACAACGGUGCGAGUAGAGGAGCUCGGGGCAGUCGUAUCCCUCGGCCCAGUAUGAGUCAGGGCUGCAGCAGAGAGGCCAGCAGGGAGAGCAGCCGGGACACCAGCCCCAUACGCUCCUUCACUCCACUUGCAACACGGAGCUACUCUCGCUCCACCGGAGCUCUCCACGCAGCUGACACUUUUGGUGCUGCAGGUUCAUCUCUUGGCAUGAGUCCGUCCAGUCGUCUCUCAUCUUCAGUCAGUGCCAUGAGGGUCCUCAACCCAGGCUCAGAUGUAGAAGAGGCUCUCGCAGAUGCACUAAAGAAGCCAGCCCGGCGGCGGUACGAGAACUACAGCAUGUACUCCGACGACGACGCCAACAGCGACGCAUCCAGCGCCUGUUCGGAAAGGUCCUAUAGCUCCAGGAACGGGGGAGCCAUCCCGACCUACAUGAGACAGACAGAAGACGUGGCCGAGGUGCUGAAUCGCUGUGCCAGUGCCAACUGGUCUGAGAGGAAGGAGGGGCUCUUAGGUCUCCAGGCUCUACUCAAGAACCAACGCACCCUCAGUCGGGUGGAGUUAAAGAGACUGUGUGAAAUCUUCACUCGGAUGUUCGCAGACCCUCACAGUAAGCGAGACUGCGGCAGAGUGUACGGCACGGCAGAAUCCGGUAUAAGCUCAGCCUCCUUCAAGAGAGUGUUCAGUAUGUUCCUGGAGACCCUGGUGGACUUCAUCCUGGUCCAUAAGGAAGACCUGCAGGACUGGUUGUUCGUCCUGCUCACGCAGCUUCUGAAGAAGAUGGGAGCCGAUCUGCUGGGCUCCGUACAGGCCAAAGUUCAGAAAGCGCUGGAUGUCACACGGGAGUCUUUCCCCAACGACCUUCAGUUUACUAUUCUGAUGAGAUUUACUGUCGACCAGACACAGACGCCCAACCUCAAGGUAAAAGUGGCCAUUCUGAAGUACAUCGAGACGCUGACGCUACAGAUGGAAGUUCAAGACUUUGUGAACUCCAGUGAGACUCGGCUGGCCGUCUCCCGCAUCAUCACCUGGACGACUGAACCCAAGAGCUCUGACGUCAGAAAGGCAGCCCAGUCGGUGCUAAUCUCACUGUUCCAGCUCAACACACCUGAGUUCACCAUGUUGCUGGCAGCUCUGCCCAAAACGUUUCAGGACGGAGCCACCAAGCUGCUUCAAAACCAUUUGAAGAACUCGGGCAAUGCUGCACAGGCAACAAUGGGCAGCCCCUUAACACGCCACACCCCCCGAUCUCCAGCCAGCUGGUCCAGUCCAGUCACUUCUCCCACCAACACCUCCCAGAACACCCCAUCACCAAGUGCUUUUGACUACGACACUGAAAACAUGAACUCAGAGGACAUCUACAGCUCGCUGAAAGGUGUCACUGAAGCCAUCCAGAACUUCAGCGUCCGCAGCCAGGAAGACAUGAAUGAACCAGUCCAACGGCGGGAGGGAGACGAGAGUGGCAGCGGGACAGACAUGAUGGACGGCGGCCGCAUGGCUCUGGACAACAAGACCUCCCUCCUCAACACCCCCCUGCUCUCCUCCAGCCCCAGAGGAGCCCGCGAUCACUUCUCCGAUUCCCCGUUUAAACACAGCCGCAAAGACUCCAGCAUGGACGACUCCGAGCUUCUCACCGACGAGAGCAGUCUGGACCAGUCAGAGCUGGUGGCCGAGCUGCUGAAGGAGUUGUCGAAUCACAACGAGCGCAUAGAGGAGAGGAAGGCGGCGCUGUGUGAACUGCUGAAGCUGAUUCGCGAAAACACCCUGCAGGUGUGGGAGGAGCAUUUCAAGACCAUCCUGCUGCUCCUGCUCGAGACGAUGGGUGACAGAGAGCAUGGGAUCCGAACACUGGCUCUGCGGGUGCUGAGGGAGAUUCUCUGCAAGCAGCCCUGGAGGUUCAAGAACUACGCAGAGCUCACCAUCAUGAAGGCCCUGGAGUCUCACAAAGACCCUCACAAGGAGGUGGUUCGAGCAGCAGAGGAGACGGCAGCCAUGUUGGCGUUGUCCAUCAGUCCAGACCAGUGUAUCAAGGUGUUGUGUCCCAUCAUCCAGUCGGCCGACUACCCCAUCAACCUGGCUGCCAUCAAGAUGCAGUCCAAAGUGGUGGAGAGGAUUCCCCGGGAGGGCCUGAUGAGCCUGCUGCCAGAAAUCGUGCCAGGACUCAUACAGGGUUAUGACAACUCUGAGAGCAGUGUGAGGAAAGCCUGUGUGUUCUGCUUGGUGUCCGUUUACGCGGUGAUCGGAGAGGACCUCAAACCGCACCUCAGCCAACUCUCCAGCAGCAAGCUGAAGCUGCUGAAUCUGUACAUUAAGCGUGCCCAGUCCGGCUCCAGCGGCAGCGAGCCCCCCACUGAUGGCCUAUAGGAGACACCGCACCCUCCCACAGGGCGACCACAGAACUGCAACUCUUCCCACCGAACAUGAGUCACCUGCUCCCGUGCUUACAUCCACACAGACCAACAACGAAAACAUCCUAACACUCUCUCACAUGAGCCAAACUGCUUACAUCUACACGUACACUUACACUCUGGACAGCAGAGUGACACAUACACACACACACUAAAGCAGAGGCACACAAAGUCCUCACACAUCUACUGCCACACUGCAAGAUGGACGUUGUGGUGCAGAGGAGAUGAUCGGAUAUCAGACUUAAUGACAUGAAAUUCCAGCCAGGCUUGUCAGUAGAUCACUGAAGGAUGAAGAUAUGAAAUGUCCGUCCUCUCCCCUCUCCAUUAUAACUCGAACACAACAGCAUCUCCUCUGAACAACAUCUUGAUGUCAACAGGAGGAGGUGCAUCUGCAUGGUUCUCAUUUUUCUAACCCGGGGGGGGGGGGGGGGGAUGUAAUAUUCAUCACACAGCCCUGAGACGAAUAAACCAGUGCCGUCUAUGUUUCCUUUGUGAACAGUGAGUAACUGGGGCCAGGUAGAAAGGAAUGUAAAUUUGCAUUGUGUCAUGGUUUGAUUUAAUCGAUGAGGUUUUACCGCAGCUGUUUUUAAUAUCUGGAGUUUUGUUUUUUUAUUCUCUCGUGCACACACACAAACACACACACACACACACACACACACACACACACAGGUUCCCUCUUUCAAAAAGGUGCUUAUGAGCCAAAACAGGUACGACCGGCCAACCCAGCACAGGAUGUAAUGUCUGUGGAUCAUGCCUGCUCAUAGCUAAUAUCCCAACGUGUAGGAGGCGUCAUGUGCUUGGAUAUGCAUGAGACUAAAUUUCAAAAGAACCUAACUUUUUAUCCGGGUCCCGUUGACUGUCAGAAUAGUGCGACUGAGGUUUUAAAUUGAUGUGAAAAUGUCCGGCCCUUUCAGAUAUCUCCAUGGUGUCGUCCAUUUCUCCUAGCUCAUCAUGGAUCACUCCAUAGGUGCGUGCUGCUUUUACUACAUGAAGUAUGACAGGACAUGGCUUAUUAUCGCAUAGUGGAUAUCUAUAUAUAUCUAUGUAUCUAUAUAUGAUAUUAAAAAGGAUUACUCGGUAACAGUGACACCCAGGGGAGGUUGCACGCACGCACCUGUGCCCAUCCUUGUUUUUAAUUUGUUUCUCUGUUGCGCGUGUCGUUGUCUGUCUCUCUCUCGCUCAUAAAUUCUCUGCUGAGAAAAUUGUAGAAAUGUAUUAUUUACAGCUCUGAAAAAAAACAGUUGUCACAUCACCUUUUUUCUCUCCCCUCCGCUUCAUUGUGUUUUUCUUUCCUUCCUCCUCUUGUAACAUUCUAGUUUUCACUGUUGUGUUUCCUCUGUGCAUUUACAAAGCUGUGCUUACAAUAAAAUAAAGAACUUGUACAGAUCAUGAUAA